CUUUUGACCGAUUCGUGGUCACGUAUGUCGUGGUUGUUUGCAGGUGUUGCUUGUCUUGUCUACCGCCUAAGUGGUGUAGGUAUCCUCACUUUAUGCGCCUAGCUGUCCAAAAGACCACCUUCGAGAUGCGGACCCACAUUACUAUUCCCUCCUCUCCCCCGAUCCUUAUCGUUAUCGCAACUCGCUGACUCAGCCGGAAAAAUACUCUCAGCUGAUUCUCCCUCCGUUAUGCUUCGCCAACCUGAAGGUGCAGCGUGUGCCGUUUCGUUGCAAAGCUCUGAAGGGACGCCAAACAAUCGCCGCUUGGCCAUUGACGAACCGACGACGUAUGGGCAGCUCGUCCACGAAGCACACCUCAUGCGUCUUUUCCAACUGCAGCAGCCCCUGAGGGCCGCUGCCGCCGGUCUCCUGCGCACGACCGCCCCGAUCCAGUCCUCGACGUCGACCGCCGCACAGCUGUUCCGGGCCGACGCUGCGAAUGCCCUCGUGGCCGGACGGCGAUACGCCUCCGUCAAGUCGCAGGGUGCUUACAAGCUCGCGCCCAAGAGGACGAUACCGAAGAAGCUGGGUGCCAAGCGCACGGGCGACCAGUUCGUCAUCCCCGGAAACAUUAUUUACAAGCAGCGCGGCAGCCUCUGGUGGCCCGGCGAGAACUGCAUCAUGGGCCGCGACCACACGAUCCACGCCAUGGCCACCGGCUACGUCAAAUACUACCGCGAUCCCGCGCGCCACCCUGACCGCAAAUACAUCGGCGUCGUCUUCAACAAGGACGACGUACUGCCGUACCCGACGCACGCCGAGCGCAAGCGCAAACUCAACAUGUCGGCGCACCCAAUCUUCAAGCCGGUCGAGACGCCCGCCGUCUCGGCCUCGGGCAUCCCGACGCAGAUCGUCCGGCCGUCGGCCCGGACGACCAAUGGCGCGCCGAUGGAGCCGGAGCGUGUGCUGAAGCUGCGCGACGACUACUCGUACCGCGAGGACAACUGGCGGAUCGGCAGACUCGUAAAGCUCCGGGUCGGGGGCAUGAGCCGUAAGGCCAAGCUCAGGCACCGUCGGUACGCCAAGGAGCGCAACAUUGCUGGGCAGCGGGCGGCGGAGGCCAAGUACGCCGAUUUGGAGGUGGACGAGUGGACGAUCGCGGCGUCCAAGAGGCUGCAGGAGCAAAGGAACGCUGCCGCCGUGGCCAAGACCAAGAAGAAGAAGGAGAAGGCGCAGCAGCAGGCCAAGAAGGCCGCCAAGAACAAGAGCAAGCGGUAGAUGUGAACGAGCGAGCGUUGUUCGGGGAGGGGUGGGGUACGGAGAGAGACAGAGAGACAUUGGGAUGAUGUUGUAUCAUGGCCGUCGGGGCGCGAGUGCUGCCGAGGCUAUC